AUGGCUGGCAAGAAUACUAAACCAGGUUUCGUCUGGGUUUUCUGGUUCUCUGAUGACAAAAUCUUUCAGAUCUGUGCAGCAAGAGCUGGUGUUACAACUGGCAGCCUUGAUGGUGACUUGCUGGGUUGGGCCAUGGGGGAUGGAGGCAUUGCUGCCCUCUACAAUCAGGACAGCUCUGCAUUUUCCCCUGUUGAAGGUUCUGAGGUACCUGAAUAUGUAUUGGUAAACCUGAGGGCCAGUCUCUGUGAUCAGACGGAAACUGUCAAACCAACAGACAGUAAAUCCAUGGAUCAACUGAAGUUGAAGACCAGCAGCAUUAAGAAAGGGAGAAUAUACUCUGCAAGAAAAGAUGAGAGUAACAAAGUACAAAUGGAUCCCACUGGGCCUGUGCAUUGUUUUGUAUGUGAGGAGAAGGUUGAAUUAGUGACUGAACAUCCACUCUUUGAGGGAAGAGUCUGCCUACAGUGUAAGGAACUUCUGAUGAGCACCUUGUAUGCUGUAGAUAAUGAUGGCUGUGGAAUGUAUUGCUGUGUUUGUGGAGAUGGUGGGGAGCUGUUUGUCUGCAGCAGUGGCUCAUGUGGAAGGGCGUACUGUUUUGAUUGUGGUUUAAAGAAAUUUGGCUCAGCAGAGGUUGAUAGGGUGAAGGCGUGUGACGACUGGCAGUGUUACCUGUGUGUACCCGGCCACCCUGCUCAGAUGCCCAUGGGUCUCAUGCCAAGAACCAAUAGAGACCUUGAACUAAUGUGCUUUUUCCAGCCCAGAUCCAUCCCACAGACCCUUGACAUGGAACGUGUUCGGAGGGUUAACAGAAGAAAAAUAAGAGUUCUGUCUCUCUUUGAUGGAAUAGGAGCAGCACGGGUAGCCCUUGAGGAACUUGGUAUAGAAGUGGAGACAUACUAUGCUGUAGAGACAGACGUAGAUGCCUGCGCUGUGACCAUCUUUCAGCAUGGAAUACAGCACCUCGGCAAUGUGUACAGUCUUAACAGUGAUAUGUUGUCUACUUUAGGACCUGUUGAUCUGGUUAUAGGCGGUCCUCCCAGUGCUGACCUGUCCACAACAAACCUAGAACAACUCGGAUUCCAUGGCAGUGGGAUGCUGGCUCUGAAGUUCUUGACCAUUGUGAAGGAGCUACAGGUCAUGUACAACCAGCCCAUGUACUGGCUCAUGGUCACCACUCCAUGUAUGGUCGCUCAGUACAGAAAGGUCAUCUCCUCACUAUUUGAGAUGGAUCCUGUACUCUUGGAUGCCAGGUAUUUGACUGAACAUAGAUGGGCAGCCACUUGCUGGGGAAAUAUCCCAAAUAUGCACAAGUUGGGUGAGCUGUACAAGGGUCUCCACAAUGAUCAGAAUAACAAUUGUUUAACGGACAACAUGAUUUCCAUGCAGGGUAAUGACAAAGCCAAGAACGUGGAUGUUCAGGAAAUCGAAAGGCUCUAUGGUUACCCAGCUCAUUAUACAGACGCUUGGCCCCUGAACCAUGCCACCAGGAGAAGACUGCUAGGCAACGCAUGGGAUGUUCAUGCAAUCACUAGAAUACUGGCCCCGCUAGCUAACAUUUUCAAGGCCAAAACCAGCGUGUGUUAAGUCUGCUUGUUAAAUUUUAAUGUAAUAAGCCUGCCUCCAUUUCCACUUCAGCAUAUUAAAGGUUAAGCUUUGUUAAAUGUGCCUGUUUCAAAGCCAACAUAUUCAUGGUGAAGAUGUGACCAGUCUGCCAGUAUUUCCACACCAGCAUAAUAAAUGUCAAUGUGUGAUAAGCCUACAUAUCCAUAUAUUCAGGAAACUGCUAUGGAAGGCAAUGAAUAUGCUUGUGCUACUGUCCCCACUUGCCAGCAUAUUCAAGGUCAAGGUUAACGUUUGAGAAAUCUUCUAUUUCAUGUACCACAAAGGGACUGCUAUGCAAGGCAUGGGAUGUGCAUGUUGUCAACAAAAACAAGAACUUGAAGAUCAAAAUUGUGAUAAUUUUGUG